UUUUUUUGACUCUUGACGUGAGCGAGUACGGUUGUUGAAAGCCGUCGAUAUGUCUUCGAUUAAAAUAAAUUUAGUAUUGUGCAGUGUGAUAUUAUGCGUUUUGGUGUGCGUCAAUACACAGUCCGUGCACAGACGCUUUGAAUACAAAUAUUCGUUCAAGCCGCCGUAUUUAGCGCAAAAAGAUGGAUCCGUUCCGUUCUGGGAGUACGGAGGCAACGCCAUAGCUUCAGGAGAGAGCGUCCGCCUGGCGCCGUCGCUCCGUAGCCAGAAGGGAGCAAUCUGGUCAAAGCAGCCCCUCAACUUUGACUGGUGGGAGAUUGACAUCAUGUUCAAGGUCACUGGAAGAGGGCGGAUAGGAGCUGAUGGGCUGGCGUUCUGGUAUACAACGCAGCGCGGCGAGUACACGGGCGAGGUGUUCGGUUCCUCGGACCGGUGGAACGGUCUGGCCGUCAUCUUCGAUUCCUUCGACAACGACAACAAACACAACAACCCGUACAUCAUGGCCGUGCUCAAUGAUGGCACCAAGGUCUUCGACCAUAAGAGUGACGGAUCCCAGCAGCUCCUGUCGGGCUGUCUACGCGACUUCCGUAACAAGCCGUUCCCCACCCGCGCCCGCAUCGAGUACUACCUGAACACGCUCACUGUAUACUUCCACAACGGUAUGACGAACAACGAGGCGGACUACGAGCUGUGUUUCCGCGCGGAGAACGUGGUGCUGCCCCGCGGGGGGUACCUGGGGCUGUCGGCCGCCACGGGGGGGCUGGCAGACGACCACGACGUCAUACAUCUACUCACCACCUCGCUGCACACGCAGCAACAGACUGGCUCCGGCCAGCAGAUGAGCUCUGAUGAACAGCAGAAGCUCUCGCAGGAGUACCAGGAGUACCAGAAGAAGUUAGAACAACAGAAAGAGGAAUACAGAAAGGAACAUCCCGAUGAGGUGCGCGACAAGGACGGCGAGUUCGACGACUGGUUCGAGUCGGACGCGCAGCGCGAGCUUCGCCAGAUCUUCCAGGGCCAGACACAGAUACACGAUAUACUGCGGGGACUCAACAAGAAGGUCGACGAGGUGAUAGGCAAACAGAUGAACUCCCUGUCGAUGCUGACGGCCGUGUACUCCCACACGCAGGGCCAGCCUCUGCAGCCCGGCGCCGCCCCCCCUGCACAGAUGCCAGCUCUGCCCAUCGGCCGACACGACUGGGACGCGCUGGUCGCCAACAACCAAAUCAUGAUCAACACCAUCGCUGAACUCAAAGGGUUCAUAAUUGAGGUGUCUCGCAAGUCGGACGCUUUAGCGGCUGCGGGGGGCGGCGCGGGGGGCGCGGCGGGCCCCGCCAGUGCGGCGCUACUGAACGAGCUGCGCGACUCCAUGAACCAGCUCAAGGCCUCCGUCGCAGGCGUCGCCCAGAGGUGGUGUGCAGGCGCAGGCAAUGUCCGGGUGUCCGGAACCCAGCUGCGUGAGCUUCACAGGUCUACUGUUGGUGGUAGCGGCACAGCUCAUUCUUAUGCUGUUCUACGCUAUCUACAAAGAAAGAAAAGAAGCACAAGCGAAGAAGUUCUUCUAAGGUCGUCUGUAGGAGUCGCUAGGUGUCGCCACUAGUUUCAUACAACUGCCAGACCUCGGGCUUCCGUUUCCGUCAUAUGUUCCCGCGACAUCAUACUGUUAUUAGUAUAAUUAUUCUCGACUGGUAACUAAAUAAUGUUAAGUAGAGCUAAUAUAGACUUGAAGGCCUUGAAAAUAGAGUCUAAUUCUCAAUAGCAAGUUUUUUUUCUAGUAAGUCAUGCUAAAAUCUACUUAAAGUGUAAAGGAAUAAGGUUUAUUUUCGUUUUUUCAAGUCUUUUUAGCUCUAUUUUAGUCUUAGCAUAGUCACAUGUCAUAAGAGCUAUGAUAUUUAUAGAAAUUUUCUUUUUUCUUUGGCAAUAUUUUAAUAAUAUUUUUUUAUUGACAAUACGUAUUGAAUAUAGGCUCAAAAGUAUGUAAAAUAUUCGAUGCGUUAAUUAUAUUAAGUGUGGGAGAGCCAUGCUUCGGCACGAAUGGGUCGGCUCGACCGGAGUGAUACCACGGCCUCACUGAAAACCGGCGUGAAACUACAGCGUUGUGUUUCGCCGUGUGAGUGAGGUUACUGAAGGCCUAGACCUUUCACCCUCCAUCCUUAAAUCUCUUAUACCCUAUAAGAGGUCGGUAACGCACUCGUAACUCCUCCGUUACGGGUGUCCAUGGGCGGCGCUGAUUGCUUACCAUCAGGUAAUCUGUCUGCUCGUUUGUCGACCUAUACCAUAAAAAUAAUAUAACUAUUCAAAUUACCGUAAAACGGUAUGAAUACAUGUUUGCGAAUUUUCCCACUAUCUUAUUUACCCGGAUUCUACUAUGUCUGUAAAAUAUGGUUUCUUUUACCUUGACAACUUAUAUAUAAGUUUUUUAUAUUGACAGCAAACGAGACGGAUUACCUGAUGGUAAGCAAUCAGCGUCGCCCAUGGGCACCUACAACAACAGAAUAGUUACGAGUGCGUUGCCGACCUUUUGGGGAUUAGGGAUUUGGAGAUUUGGGUAUUGGCGGAGGGGGAGGCCUUCGGUAACUUGCGCCACCCAUGAACAACCGCAACAAUAGAGGAGUCGCGAGCGCGUUGCCAACCUUUUGGGGAUUGGGGGAGGGGGAAGUUUUGGGUCUCAAGUAACCUCACUCACACGGCGAAACACAACGCUGUCGUCAUUUCACGCCGGUUUUCUGUGAGGCCGCGGUAUCACUCCGGUCGAGCCGACCCAUUCGUGCCGAAGCAUGGCUCUCCCACACAAGUAAAUGGUUUUCGUUAUAUCAAAGUGCAGUUCACAAUCCAAGUUUGUAUGAUCUCGCAAAAUUAUCCGACAUUUGUAUGAGACUAGUGGUUUUUAUAGAUUUUUUUUACCAAUUGUGAGUGCGAGACCCUUGUGUGUCUGUCUGUACAUAUAAUAUUUAUACUGUUCUCUGCUCAUUUGUGUUUUUUUUUAUUUUACAUAAGUAUAUAUGUAUAUUGGGAUGGUUCUAACAUCUUUUUUCUGUCACAGUUUUUUGAGAAAAAUGUUAAACAUGUAUUUUUUUAAGAAAGAAAAAUAGUAGUUGAUUUUAAAAGAGAUUACAUAUCUCAUAGAAAACUGGCGUGAAACAAUCACAGUGUUGUGUUUCGCUGAGUGAAGUUACCGGAGGCACAAUCCUUCCCCCUCCCCCAAUCCCCAAAUCUCCAAAUCCCUAGUCCCUAAAAGGUUGGCAAUACACUCGUAACUUUGUUGUUGCGAGUGUUCAUGGGCGGCGCAAGUUACCGGUGGUUUUCUCCUCCCCCCAAUCCCCAAAUCUCGAAAUCCCUAAUCCCCAAAAGGUCGGCAACGCACUCGUAACUGUUGUUGCGGGUGUCCAUGGGAGGCGCUGAUGCUUACCAUCAGGUAAUCCGUCUGCUCGUUUGCCAAAAAACAUAGUUAAAACGUAUGGGAGUCUGAUAAAAAGUUUUUUUUUGUUUUGGAGAUUUAAAAAUACGUGUUUAACAUUCUUUUCUGCACUGUUUGAUAGACAGACGAAAUUAUUUAUUGUUAUUAUAAUAACCAUUCCUGUGUCAAUAAAUUGUUAUAUAUCUAUAAUGUGAAGUCUCGCAAUGCGCGCGUGUGUGUAUGUCUGUAUGUGUGUGUGUGAGAAUGUGUACAAAGGUUGUAAGUAAAGAUUAUUUUUUGAGAUUAA